AUGGGCAGGUCAGCAGAAGCUGCAAGGGGGCUGGCAGAGGCUCAGGUGGGUCAGCAGAGGCUGCUGGGCGUGACCUCAGUUGAGCUGUCCGGCUGUAGCUCAAGCCAGUCUCUUUCUCUUUGCAGAUACCUGAAGGAAUUCCGCACAGAGCAGUGUCCCCUGUUUGUGCAGCACAAAUGUACUCAGCACAGGCCCUAUACAUGCUUCCAUUGGCACUUUGUUAACCAGCGUCGUCGCCGAUCUAUCCGCCGUCGGGAUGGCACCUUUAACUACAGUCCUGACAUUUACUGCACCAAAUAUGAUGAGACCACAGGGAUCUGCCCUGAAGGAGAUGAGUGUCCAUUCCUGCAUAGAACUACCGGUGAUACAGAACGGCGAUAUCAUCUACGCUACUACAAAACUGGAAUCUGCAUCCAUGAGACUGAUUCAAAAGGAAAUUGCACCAAGAAUGGCCUUCAUUGUGCUUUUGCUCAUGGGCCACAUGACCUACGUUCUCCAGUUUAUGAUAUCAGGGAGCUUCAGGCCAUGGAAGCUUUGCAGAAUGGUCAGACCACAUCAGAAAGUGGCAUAGAAGGUCAGUCUGCAGUUGCCGCUAGCCAUGCUAUGAUAGAGAAAAUACUCAGUGAAGAGCCAAGGUGGCAAGACACAACUUAUGUUUUGGGAAACUACAAAACAGAACAAUGUAAGAAGCCCCCACGCCUCUGUCGCCAAGGUUAUGCCUGCCCUUAUUAUCAUAAUAGCAAAGAUAGAAGAAGGAGCCCUAGGAAACACAAAUACAGAUCCUCCCCAUGCCCUAGCGUGAAACAUGGAGAUGAGUGGGGAGAUCCUAGUAAGUGUGACAAUGGAGAUGCAUGCCAGUACUGUCAUACCCGCACAGAGCAACAGUUUCACCCAGAGAUCUACAAAUCAACAAAAUGUAAUGAUAUGCAGCAGUCUGGCAGCUGUCCCAGGGGACCCUUCUGUGCCUUUGCACAUGUAGAACAACCUCCACUUAGUGAAGAUUUACAGCCAACAUCUGCUGUCUCUAGCCCAACGCAAACUGGCCCUGUAAUGUACAUGCCCUCAGCAGCAGGCGAUUCUGUUCCUGUCAGCCCUUCUAGUCCACAAGCCCCAGACCUUAGCAAUGUAUGGAAUAAACCAGGAACUCUACCAACUAGCCCUACUUCUGCUACAAUUCUCUGUAGAAAUAGCAGUCUUGGAAGCCCAUCUAAUUUAUGUGGAUCCCCUCCUGGUGCAAUUGGAAAACCCCAUAGUUUGGAAAGCAUUGGUUUUCCCACAGAUUCAGUAACUAGUGCAAGUAGCUAUAAGAAGGCACCUGGAUUUGAGCGGGAAGACCUGGUUGGAGCAGAGUACCUAAAGAAUUUCAAAUGCCAGGCAAAAAUCAAAUCCCAUUCCAUGGAACAUAGAACCCAAGAACAACCUCUGUUACAACCCAAGCAGGAUAUAUUAGGGAUUCUUCCAGUUGGCAGCCCAUUGACAUCUAGCAUCUCCUCUAGCAUUACUUCUAGUUUGGCAGCAACACCACCAAGCCCAGCAGGCACCAGCAGUGUACCAGGCAUGAAUGCCAAUGCCCUUCCUUUCUACCCAACUAGUGACACUGUGGAGUCCGUGAUAGAGUCUGCCUUGGAUGACCUGGACCUGAACGAAUUCGGAGUGGCUGCCCUGGAGAAGACAUUUGACAGCAGCUCGGUGCCCCACACGAGUGGCAUCAUGAUAGGUGGGAGUUUGCUGCAAAGUUCUGCUCCUGUAAAUAUCCCUGGGUCCCUUGGAAGUUCUGCCUCCUUUCACUCUGCCUCUCCUUCUCCACCGGUCAGCUUAUCAUCGCAUUUCCUCCAUCAGUCCCAGGGACACUUAAGCCAAUCAGAAAAUACUUUCCUGGGGACAUCAGCUUCUCAUGGAUCAUUAGGUUUAAAUGGAAUGAACAGCAGCAUAUGGGAGCAUUUUGCUUCAGGAAGUUUUUCACCCAGUACUUCACCUGCAUUUCUGUCAGGUCCAGGUGCUGCUGAGCUGGCCAGGUUGCGGCAAGAAUUAGACGAAGCUAACAGCACGAUAAAACAGUGGGAAGAUUCUUGGAAACAAGCCAAACAGGCCUGUGAUGCAUGGAAAAAAGAAGCAGAGGAAGCUAAUGAUCGUGCUAGUACAGCAACCCUAGAAUGUGAGCUUGCCCGGGAGCAGAGAGAGAACUUGGAACUGCAAGUCAAGAAACUCCAGGAAGAAAUCGAGCAGAUCCAUACUGGCCAGGACCCCCAGUUCCUGCGCUCAUUCUCUGAUUUAGAUAAUCUCUCCUUGUCCACACUCUAUAAUCUCCAAAAACAGUUGCGUGCCAAUUUAGAAAGAGUUGAUAAGGCAGUGUUUCAAAUGCAGUCGGUGAAAUGCCUCAAGUGCCAGGAAGAGAACCGGGUGGUACUACCGUGCCAACACACUGUGCUGUGUGAAACCUGUGCCGAGGAGGGUGAAUGUCCCAUCUGCCAUCCCAACAGGCCACUUGCUCUCCAAUCGUGACUGUACUAGGACAUUUGUUUAGCAUAUCACAUAGAAUUUUUAAACUUUUCUCAGAUAUAUAUAUAUAUGUCUAUAUAUAUCUGUGUGUGAAUGUGUGUGUAUAUAUGUACGUAUGCACACACGCACACAUAAAAACAAAAUAUUAGUUGCAGAGCACUUUUUAAAUACUUUGCAUCUCCCAUUUAAAGGAUCCCUGCUCCCCAUCCCCACGGUCCCAUUAAUUCUAAUUCAUUAGGGACUUUUAGAGCAGUUUUUUAAUAUAGAUCAAAGAGCCAUUUGCAAAAUCUGUUUCUCCUCCCUCCCUUUUUUAUUUAGGAAAUAAUCUUUUUUUAGCCUUUUCUGGAGAGAUAUUUAGAGGGAGGAUGAAGAGAGUUUGCAAGUGAUUUCCAACCUAAGGAUUGGGCUUUGGGGGAAGAGAAAAGAUAGAAAUCAAUUUUCGAUUCAUGUC